ACCGGAGGCGCACUUCUGGUCGCCCCGGCAACCGCGCCGGCUCCCGCCCGCCUCCUCCGUUUCCCCACCGAAAAAUAAGCCCUUCCUCGCCCACCGCCCGGAAUCUACAAGCUGCGUGCCCACGAGAUUCGUUGCUCAUUGGGACUGUCACCAUCAGAGAUGGCUGCAAAGGCAUCCUCUUCGAAAGAUACUGAUCCUUGGUAUUCUCAUCCAGUAUAUGCAAGAUACUGGCAGCAUUAUCAUCAAGCAAUGGCUUGGAUGCAAAGCCACCACCAUGCCUACAGGAAGGCCAUGGAAUCCUAUUUCAAUUCCCUGUGGUCCUUCCCGUCUGCAGUUCUUCCCUACAGCUAUUAUGCUAACCAAGGUGGAUAUCCUCAGUCUUUCUAUGACCGUCACUCGGCCUCCCAGGACUCCCACUGCACAUAUCCGCAUUUUAGAGGGUCUGGACAGCAUCCACAUGACAGCCAUUGGCUCCAGGCAUCCACCAGAGAGGAGCAAGCUUUGUCAUCAGAGGAGGAGGUGGAGAGCGAGUCAGACGGGGAAGUGGAGUGUGACCUGAGCAACAUGGAGAUCACCGAGGAGCUGCGCCAGUACUUUGCGGAGACCGAGAGGCACAGAGAAGAGCGACGGCGGCAGCAGCAGCUGGACGCUGAGCGCCUGGGCGACUACGUGAACGCCGACCACGACCUGUACUACAACACCCACCGGUCAGCGGAGCCCCCGUCCGAGAGCCCCAGUGAGAGGCGCCAGGCCGAGAUGAAGCGGCUGUAUGGGGACAGUGCCGCCAAGAUCCAGGCCAUGGAGGCCGCGGUGCAGCUGAGUUUCAACAAGCACUGUGAUCUCAAGCGGCCCAAGUACUGGCCAGUCAUCCCCCUGAAGUUCUGAGCCCCUUCCACUUGCUGAACUAUGCAUAUGCCUUAAAUAAGCCAGGGGUCCUCUCCAAUGCCAGCUCCUUUCGAUCCCACAGAAAAUGAUUCAAGCAUGCAGUCAAGUAAGUAAAUAGUACUUCUCUCUAAUGCAGGGCUCAUACACUUGCUCUAUAAAGGGCUGGAGAGCAGAUACCUUUGGCUUUGCAAGCCGUAUGUGUUGUGACUGUCAACUCUGUCCUUGUAGUGUGAUAGCAGCCAAAGAGGAUACCUAAGCAGAUGGGCGUGGCUGUGUUCCAGUAAAACUUUAUUUAUAAAAACAGGCCAUGGGCCAGAUUUGGCGUGCAGGCUGUAGUUUGCCCAUCCCUGCUCUAAUGGAACAAAAGUCAUCUGCAUAGCAUGAUUAUUAUUGUCAUCUCCACAGAGUUUGAAUGGCAUACAGAAUUGAGAGCCACGAGUAAUAAUUCCCAAACCUGGUCACCUCUGUAGGCUUCUCUGGUGUAGAAAAUGCAUAAUUGAGUUCUUGCUGUAUAUACCUACCCACUGCUGUCGAGUUGAUUCUGACUCAUAGUGACCCUAUAGGACAGAGUAGAACUGCCCCAUAGAUUUUCCAAGGAACGGCUGGUGGAUUCGAACUGCCGACCUUUUGGUUAACAGCCGAGCUCUUAACCACUGAGCCACCAGGGCUCCUCACUAUAUAUAGCAGAUAUUUUUUGAUAGGGGAAUAUAUUCAUUUCUGAGAAUAAAAAUCUAAGAAUUGGUGUAACAGUCCAUUUAUGAAAACCAACCACCUUUUAAAUAAGUUAUUACAGUGCGUUGCCAGGGUGCGCCCGUGUUGACCUGCCACAAUUAGCACAUCCAUCAAAGGCUGGGGAAAAGAUUCAGUAUUGACAUAUUUCUCCCUCCAAACGCUCAGAUUUACAUUGCAGCCCUCGCUCUGGGACAAAUAUAUUAUUUGCAUCAGCCCCGGGUGCUUAUUUUUCCAAGCUUAUUUCAUUACUCGAGUUUCAAUUUGUGCUUGGGCAUUGCAGACAAAAUCCAGAAUGAACUUUCCCCUGAGGUGACACAUGACUAAAAUUUCAAAGCUUUAUUAUUUCUCUUUCUCAUCUUAAACUCA